UGCAGUAGAAGAUUUUUAUAGCACUAUGGCUACUUCUCAAAGAUCAUCAUUCCGAAUAUUUUCUCCUGAUUAUACUCUGACUCGGGUGAAAGCUUGGCUGUUGGGUUCAAUGCAGUGUGAACCUUUGAAAAUCUGCCCAGAAUAUCUACUGUGUUCUAAAAGUGGACCUCUACAGGGUAUUCUUCUUAACUGGCAUCCACAAAAUCCUUUCCAAGGAAUUUUAACAGUGUUUUGCAGAAAUCAAUCAUGUUUGCUGAUGUUUCUUCAUGGCUUAAUUAGAGUCCUUCCACAGGGUUGUGUGGUAACACACAUUAGUGCUGGGACUGAAGAUCAAAUUGCAGAUAUGUUGGGAUGUGCUCUUGAGCAAGAGUGUCUUGCCUUCAGAAAUGUGAUCACUUCUGCUAUCUCUGAAACUGAGAAUGAUUUCACAAUGACAACCAAAACAGAGAAAAAGCAGAAUGUUUUGUUUCAUAUUCCGUCAAUAAAUAGUGAGGAAGGAGUACAAGAGUACAGAGCAAAGUUUCGAAUUGAACAAGAGCAAAGUACUUUGGGAAUGAACCUGUCAAUCACAGGUUUUCAGUAUAGAGAAAUUACAAAGAAAUUGACUGCUCUGCAGCUAAACACUGAUAGCUCUGCUUGGAGACUUGGUAGGUUCUACAAUUCAGUUUAUAUUUAAUGAUUAAAACCUAAUUUCUGUGAAUUCAUCAGAGAAACAAAUUCGAUAAGACACAAAGAAUGUCUUUAUUUGAUCUUUCCUUUAUUUUACCCCCCCUUGGCAUUGCUGAUGCUAAAGUACUUUGUACUGGCACCAAAGCAAUUUUUACCUUUAUGCAGAUAUACACACGUGAAGUACAGUAUAAAACAAAUAUCUCAUCUUUGUUCCUGUGGGAAGAAAACUUCAAGCUCUAAUGCUUAAUCAAAAAAGUUGUAUUUCAUAAAUAUAAUUUGUAUCGGUUAUAAAUUUUACAUAACAGCUUAAAGUA